UUGGGUGCAGGUGGAAGCUGUAUUUAAGACGAGGGUCCUGCUCCUCGUCUUCACCAGUCGUUCUCUUGGCAUCUGAACCUCCAGCCUGUCCUCGCCCUCCGGUCAGAAUGUCUUUGCCCAACUCGGAGAACGCCUCCACCCUGGAGAACGCCAUGCAGCUCAUGAUCCAAACCUUCCACAAGUACUCGGGCAACGAGGGCGACAAAUACACGCUGAGCAGGGCCGAGCUCAAAGAGAUGCUGACUGCGGAGCUGGGCAACUACUUGGGGAACGCCCAAGACAAGGAGGCGGUGGACAAGGUCAUGGGCGACCUGGACUCCAACGGGGACGGCGAGGUGGACUUCACCGAGUUCAUCAUCCUGGUGGGCGCCCUCACCGUGGCGUGCAACGACUUUUUCCUGGAAUACAACGACAAGCCCCCCGCUAAGAAGUGAGCGCGGCGUUCCCGUCCGCAGCGUUUGCACGUGGCGCAACACUCCGGGGAGGGCAACCAUGUGGGAGAAGAGGACCAGACGCGUGUCUUAGAUAAGCCGCUUUUGACUCCGUGUUGACGUUCGUCUGUCUUUGUUUCGUAGCACUUUCCAGCUGUGAGUCCUCCCUGGGAAGAAUAAAAGUGGUCUUUGUUCAAGCGGCGCCAGUCUUGCCUGUCAUGUGUUGCAAUAAAAGCCCACCAGGUGGCAGUAAGUAGCCCUCAAUGAACCGCCUGGGAGUCAACGUCCUCUGCAGUGGACCUUUUUGUUUCGCAUAACCUAGGACAGUGUUUCUGAAGCCCCCUAGAGGCCUGCCUAAGAAUAUUUGUUUCUCAGCUGUGGUCCGUAUGGGUCGCGGCGGUACUCAGUUCUAAUACACUUUUCUACCACUUCUGGCAGUAAUGACAAUCUCAAACAAACAGAAGAUGUGACAA